AGCUGGGCAGGUAAACAAUAGAAAAUCAAGUUUCCUAAUCGAGGUCGACCCGCCGCCGCAGUACAGAUAAGGACCUUCUCUGGCUAGUCACACGCGGGAAACGAUGAAGAGUAACAUUGCGGAACGAUCCCCGACGUCGGGAGUGUUGUGGUGGAUCUUAACGACGCUGUGCAUGCCGAUAGCGAUUCCCUGCCUGCUGCUCCGAAUUCUAGCGAUGAUACGUGAAAAACGGAACGCUCGUAGUUUGAACGGGAAGGUCGUAUUGAUUACGGGAGCCAGCUCUGGACUAGGAGAGGCGUUGGCACACAGUUUCUAUCUGGCCGGCUGCAAGGUGGUACUAGCGGCCCGGCGCAAAGAGGAACUGGAACGUGUUCGCAAGGAUUUACUCUCGCUGCAUCCGACGGUACCAACGCAUCCACCGGUCAUACUGCCACUGGAUCUGUCCGAUUUGAACAGUAUUGCCGGCAAAGUUCAGGAUGUGCUAGAGGUGCACGGAGCGAUCGAUAUUCUCGUCAACAAUGGCGGCAUUAGCGUACGAGGUGACGCACUGUCGACGGCUAUCGAUGUGGACAUCCGGAUCAUGUUGGUUAAUUACUUUGGCACCGUUGCUCUCACGAAGGCUUGUCUGCCCUCGAUGAUGGCACGGAAAGAGGGCCGUAUUGUGAGCAUCUCAAGCGUACAGGGCAAGUUUGCGAUUCCGCACCGCUCAGCGUACAGUGCAUCCAAGCAUGCACUGCAAGCGUUCUCGGACAGUUUACGUGCCGAGGUGGCAAAGGAUAACAUCAAAGUAUUGCUCGUUUCGCCGGGUUACAUCAACACAUCUAUGUCGUUGAAUGCACUGACCGGAUCCGGUGCCCAAUAUGGCAAAAUGGACGCCGCUACGCAGAAUGGAGCUACGGCGGAAACCAUAGCAACCAGCAUCCUGAAGGCGAUCAAACGAGACGAUCGGGACAUCAUACUGGCACCGAUCGCACCGAAGGCAGCAUACUGGUUGCGCCACCUGAUGCCCUCCGUUUACUUCUGGGUGAUGAAAAAACGGGCAGACAAGGUCACCACAUAACCGGUCAAACGAUCGGCUAACGCUUUGUUGUUUUUUUUUAUUGCUAAUAUGAUUGGUAAUAGUUCCAAAGAAGAUUUUUUAAAAAAGGUUUUCUAAUUUUCAUUCUCUCUUCACUGGCCUCGUCGCUCAUUCCAUCGCUUUCUCGCUACGGACUAACGAAUAAAUAGAUGAUGUAACAAACAGU